AUGGGAGGAAUGUACCUCCUAGCACGACCUGUACAACAUAUUGAAGCCACAUCUCAAGAGACGUCUCCUUGCGACACAUCAAAGCAUCGUCGAUUCAUCGUCGUCUACAUGGUUACCUGCACCAAUGAUUUGGGGAUGAUUUUUCAGUUACAGAAGCCGGGUUGGUGGGAUGAUCGCCCUAACCGGGGCUCAGGUUCACAUGCCCUCGUAAGUAUGCUCGUACAUCCUAGCUGGGCAUACCUCCACCUCCUAGGAGGUAGAUCGGUUCGUGUGGCGAGUGUGGGUGUUGUUUGUGGCGUAGCGUAUAGCAUGGGAGUUCUAGAUCUGUUCUGGAACGGGCACUCGUCGUGCUCUUUGACCGCUUCUCGUGCUACAUAUGAGGCCCAGCAGCCACCAUUCUGGUCGUGGUCGAGGUCGUGGUUGCGGUCGUGGUUGCGUGUCUCGAGACUGCUCAUCGCACCAGGGAUGCCCAUGCUCCCCCUCGUUGAGCAAGACCGCGGGAUGACGCGUUGGCGGCGGCGACGGCUGUCUUCUGAUCGCCAAGACACAAGGUUCGAGUCGCCGACGACAGCUGGCCCAGCACACAGAAAUGGAGCGAGUCUCGACAGCGAACAACUCAUCUCUACGACAGAGGACGAGCCGAGUGACCCUGUGGACCGACACCAUGCCGCUGGGACAUCCCUCUCGAACGACCAGCGCAUGAGCAUCAACCCUACACACGACUUCGAAGGCCUCUUGAGAACUGUUGCCGUCACUUCCAUCGAUACUAGUAGUCUCGCGACUCCCGCCGCCACUCCGCCUUCGAGAGCGAGUGCAGAGACACUACGCUCAGCCGAGAACACGGAAGAGAGGCAGGCGACGGUUGCCUUUGCGCGUUAUAUCAUGGCAAACGCUGCGAAUAUGGAUGGGGCUCUUCCCGAGGACGAUGGCAUGCGAUCGCUGCGCCAGAAGCUGCAAGAGAUUAAGGAGCUCGCGGUAUCGACGGAAGAGAAGGCCAAGCGGAUGCAUCUGCUCAUGAUGCAGGACUAUGUCAAACAUAAAAAACUGGGGCAGCUCACGCCGCCAGAGAGUCCUGCAGCGCAUGGUCAGGACAGCGAAGGCCUGGACUCGCCUCUGCUGGGAGCUGCUAUCAUGCCUAUCGACCCUAGUAAUCCUUAUAACCUGCGACCUGGUGAUCUGGAUCCUGUCUUUAGUCCGCUACCGAAAGCAGUACGAUGUCCCGAGGGAGAGGAUGACGAGACCAUGGCAGACGACGACGACGAGCCUGACUUGGGUUGCAUGCACUAUAAGCGGAAUGUAAAGGUGCAAUGCUUCGACUGCCAGAGGUGGUAUCCAUGUCGACAUUGCCAUGAUCAGUCAAGAGAUCUGCCAUUUCUACAUGCUCUCAAUCGACAGAAGACGCAGAACAUGCUGUGUAUGUUGUGUCAGACGCCGCAACCCGCUGCUCAGGAAUGCGUCAAUUGUGGCAACUAUGCCGCGUGGUACUAUUGCUCAAAGUGCAAGCUUUGGGAUAACGACACCAAUAAACGCAUCUAUCACUGUGACGAUUGUGGCAUCUGUCGAGUUGGAGAGGGACUGGGCAAAGACUUUGUGCAUUGCAAGCGCUGCAAUGUAUGUAUAUCAAUAUCUACAUCUGCUGCGCAUCCUUGCAUCGAGAGAGCUACAGAGGGGAAUUGUCCGCUUUGUCUGAUGCGAAUGUUUGAGGCGAAAGUCCCAGUGGUCAGCUUGCCAUGUGGACAUUAUAUGCAUGGCGAGUGCUACAAGGAUCUCAUGGCUGUGACAUACAAGUGCCCGGUUUGCAGCAAGAGUGCUGUGAAUAUGGAACUUCAGUGGCGAAAGCUGGAUGAGGAAAUAGCGAUACAGCCGAUGCCGGAGGAGGACAUCCAAGGCCUUUUACCUCACAUUGAAGGCGCGGCUGAGCCAUCAGAGGAGACUGACGAGGCGAACGAAAGACAACAUGCCUCACCUCCCCGUCGACCACGGAAAGUAUGGAUUGGCUGUAAUGACUGUGGAGCAAGAACCUGGACUCCCUUUCACUGGCUUGGCCUGAAAUGCCAACGAUGCGAUAGCUACAACACUAACCAGAUGACGCCAACUGCACACCACGAGACUGAGGCUGAAAGACUUCUCCGACAACAGACGCAAUCAGUCCGCCGCCACGACUUUACCGGAAAUGACGUUCUCCGUGACGCUGGCAUUGGCAUAGUCGACGAAACAGCAACCUCAGAAGUCCAAGCAUCUAGCGCUCUCGAACCCCCUGAUUCCCCAUCUCAACAGCCGUCUCAUUUAUCAAGCUCGCCUCGACUGGCCGCUGGUGCACAAUCUCCUGGACGAUACUUUGUCACAGACGAAGAAGUCCGUCGUCCGAGCUUCAGUGGACGCUUCUCAACGCCUUCCAUGCCGAACCUACCUACGUUGUCCGCAAACUUGCCCGAUAUACCCCGGAUGCCACGGAUGCCAGCCUUACCUAACAUGCCAACAUCCUUACAACAUAUGCGGCAGAAUCUGCCCAAUAUGCCUAAUGUGGAACUACCGCGAUUCCGACCCUAUGAGAUGAUGGACGCCGUCAGUCGAAGUCUUUCACCUAUGAGAUUUUACCUACGAGGGCUGGACAUGGUAGGGGAUGAGACCAAUGAUGACCUGCCCCCGCAUCUGGAUUCGAGAAUGCCACAUCGGUCGGGAAGUGUGCACAGUGACUCUGCCGUUCCGAGCAGAGGAUCAAAGUUGCGGUCGCAAUCGGACGUGGGCUCUGUGGAUCUCUUCGAGAUCGGAGAACAUGCUGUGGUAGAGGACGAUAGCGACAACGCUGCACAUGGAAGAGAAGGCCACGAAGAUAGCAGCGGAGAGGAAAGGAGGUCCCCACAGUAA